GGCCAUUUUGAAAAGAGCGAUUGUAGUCUGAAGAGGGAAAUCUUCCGCUAUUUGUUUCAUAUAGAAAUGACAAUUUUUUGAGGCCAGGGAAGCUAAGGAGGCAAGAUGCCGGAACAGGUAGCCUUGUCGGACUUCAUGAGGGACACUUGGGAUGAUUUCAAAUCCCCAACGACCUCAUCGUUCACGAAAAACAUGUCGAGUUAUAAAAGUUUCGUAUCUAGUCUUGAGGAAAGACUUGAUGGGGAUCGAAGUGGAUUAACUAAAAUGAAGAAGUCCGUCAAAGCCCUGUAUAAUGCAGGAAAAAGACAUUAUGAAAGCGAGGUGACCGUAUCAGAGAAUCUGGAAAAUGUCAGUAAAACUAACAUGGAACAGGAAACGGACAUAGCCGAGGGAUUUAAGCAGUUUUCUGUAUUGGCCAAAGAGUUGUCUAAUUCCCUAAAUGAUAUGGUCUCCAAACUCCACACCAUGCUGCUGUAUCCAUUGGAAGCGUUCUUAAAGGGUGACCUGAAAGGAGUCAAGGGGGACAUGAAGAAACCAUUUGAUAAAGCAACCAAGGAAUACGAAACCAAAUUUUCAAAAAUAGAGAAAGAGAAAAAACAGCAGGCAAAGGAUGCUGGGAUGAACAGAACAGAGGUUGAUGGGUCAGAGAUUGCAGAAGAUAUGUUGAAAGAACGGAAAGUUUUUCAGUUACAACUUUGCGAGUACCUCAUUAAAGUAAACGAUAUCAAGACAAAGAAGGGCGUGGAGCUGCUGUUACAUCUAGUGGAGUAUUACAAAGCAUUGCAAGUUUUUCAUCAAGAGAGCUUAGAGUCCAUAGGGAAGUUUGAGUCCUACAUAGAGACGCUGAUUUCCCAGCUCCAGGGCAUCAAACAGAAGCAGUACUCUGACCGGCAGCAGCUGGUGGAGCUGAGGGAUGCCCUCAAGAACUCCAUGUCCUCCUACAAAGAGGGAUCUAGAAACACAUAUUACCCAGAGGAAGCCGGGAAGCCAUCUGCCAACAAAAGCCCAGCGGGCUACAACCUGCACCAGCUCCAUGGCAACAAGAUGCAUGGCAGCCAGAAAACGGGCUACCUGCUGAAGAAGAGCGACGGAAAAGUCCGCAAAGUCUGGCAGCGCAGGAAGUGCAUCAUCCACGAUGGCAUUAUGCUAGUCAGUCACUCUGACGAAACUAAAGAGCCAGUAAAAUUGAACCUCCUUACGUGCCAAGUUAAGCUUGUUGCUGAUGAUGUCGGCAAGAAAUGUUUUGAUCUAGUCUCCAGUUCCAAUAACAGAACAUACCACUUUCAGGGGGAGGAUGUUCAAGACAUGGAAGAAUGGAUUUCAGUUUUGAAUAAUGCCAAAGAGGAAGUGCUUUUGAAAGCGUUCCAAGAUAACACAAACUGUCCCGCAAUAAACCAGAAUGUACGAGAGCUCAGAGCCAGUAUUAUUGACCGCAUCAAAGGGUUGCCAGGCAACGAGGUCUGCUGUGACUGUGGAGGGAAAGACCCUGAGUGGCUGUCCACUAACUACGGUAUACUGAUUUGCCUAGAGUGUUGUGGCAUUCACAGACAAUUAGGUGUCCACAUCUCCAGAACUCAGAGUUUAGUCAUUGAUGAACUCGGAACCUCACAGCUUCUAUUAGCUAGAGUCGUAGGAAAUGACUGUUUCAAUGAAGUUUUUGAAGGCAAAAUAUUUGAUGAUGAUUCUGAAGUAAAAGCUGAUGGAAGCCGCAAACUUAAACCCACUAGUCCUAUGAAUGAAAGAGAGUCCUAUAUCUUUGCCAAGUAUGACAAGAAGAAGUUUGUGAUCAACACCAAUAGUAGUGAAGAGGAAAUCCUGAGUGACCUAAAGCAAGCCAUUCAGUCGCGGGACUUCCAGACCCUGCUACAGACCCACGGGGAGGGGACGGAUCUAAUGAGCGUCAUGCCAGAUAUGGAGAACUGUGAGACAGGUCUCCACCUUGCCAUAAUGCUGGAAGAUGGCUACUCCCUGUACAUUGUGGACUUCAUCAUUCAGAACAGUGUCAUAACUAGUCUAGGAAACAAAAGCCGUGAUGGCAACACACCGCUACAUCUGUGUGCAAUAGAAAAUAAAACAGAGUGCAUGAAACUACUGCUGCGAACUCGCCCAGAACUCGCCAAGAUUGAGAAUUCGGAAGGGAAAACACCGCUGGAUAUCGCCAAAGAAAAUAACAAUCAGUUAUGUGCUGACUUGUUGAAUGCAGCAUUAACUGGGAGGAAGGACUUAUUUGAGAAUGUGAACAUUGACUGGGAACUAAUAGCUGAUGACCAUGAGCAUGAUGUGGAUUUCAGUGACGAUGAUCUAGAGUAUGUUGUUAUUGAUAAGAUUUGGGCCGCUUAUUGUCAAAUUAACGACCAGAACACCCCUGAGAGAAAGAGAGGGUCACGACCUCAGAGCUUGACUGGUUCAGGAAUUGCUAAUGAGUUUGCUAGUACCCUGUCCAUUCCCAAAGAACCCAAUGACAUAAGGCAGAGAGCUGACAGCAAUGUGUCUUUACAGCCUAUUAAGAAAAAGGACUUUUUAAAUAGACUGAGUCGUGUUGUUCAGAGAAAGGCAUCAUAUGGGGAAAUUUAUCAGAUAACUUCGGCUGACGGGGCCCCGGUACAGGUUGUGCAGAAAAAGCCACCUCCUUGGAUCGUUUCAGUCAAGAAAAAACGCAGGCGACGACUCAGUAAUUCUUUGCCUAUAUGGUUUACAUGUAUCAAACAAGUGUAUACUUUUGUAGCCCUUGCCUGUUUUCAGUUGUUGUAUUUACAGUACAUUUUUCCUAGGUUCUUUUGGAGAAUGGACUUGCAUAUUCUGUAUUGAAGUUAUUUUAUUUCAUAAUAAUUUUCAUAUCAUUAUUGCAAGGUGGACAACUAUAGAUACAUUUAUCUAUAAUAUGAUACAGUAACAGUACUUUUCUUUUCUUUUUUUGUCUUAGUAUAUUCAGGACACCCUGUAUUAAAAAAUUAUGCAUUUUAUAUUUAUAAGAUAAUUCACCAAUAUGAAAAACAGAUACAUAUGAACUUGCCAUGAUAUUAUUUUGUAUAUGUUUCACUAUUAUGAACAAUUAUGCUCAUUGCAUGGAUAUGCAGUUAUGAAGUGCCUGAAAGGGUUUUCAACACUUUUUUGAUAUGAAUAGAAAAGGAUUCCUUGAUAAGGAUAAUUUAUAAAAUUUGCCUUAUGCCCCUUUUAUAAUAUGGUCAGUAUCAGUAUCAUAGACCAAUUGUUGCCUUAUCGUUAUCUUUAGAACCCUUUUUCUUGAAGAACUCAAUAGGAACUGACCCCUAAUGUUGCCUUUGUGUACUACUACUCAAUAUCUUGAGAACCAUUUGCUUUAUAGACAUCAAACUUGGUAAGCUGGUACCUUAUGUGCAGGAGAAUACCCUUAUCAGCUGGAAGGUUCAAAGGUCAAGGUUCAAAAUUCUGGCAUUGGAUUUUGUCUAUUCAAAAUUAGUUUGGUUGUUAAUAACACUCGAAGAUCAUUUUAGUUUGAAAAUAUGAAAUAAAAAUGUAGUAGAACCCAUGUACUUGGUAUGUUAUUUCUCUAGAAAUUUCAUUUUUGUAUCAGUAGAAGCAAACUAGAUUUUGUUUUUUUUGAUGGGUUUGAGCAAGAAAAUACAUGUUUUAAAUAAGUUAGACAUAAGCAUUUAUUAUAAUACGGUAAAUGUAAGU